AUGGUGUACCAUAAUCUCAAGGCCCUGAUCAAAGGAAUAAGGGCCUGCAAGACGGUCGCGGACGAACGGGCUCUCAUCCAGCAAGAAUCAGCUGCUAUUCGAGCAUCGUUCAGGGAGGAAGAUGUGUACGCGCGACAUAACAACAUUGCAAAGCUGCUGUACAUCCACAUGCUGGGGUCGCCCGCCCACUUUGGUCAAAUAGAAUGUCUGAAGCUGGUCGCGAGCCCCCGAUUCACGGAUAAACGCCUUGGAUAUUUGGGUAUCAUGUUGCUCUUGGACGAAAAUCAAGAGGUCCUCACUCUCGUAACAAAUUCGUUGAAGAAUGAUAUGAACCACUCAAAUAUGUAUGUCGUUGGGUUGGGACUUUGCACGUUCGCAAACAUUGCUUCGGAAGAAAUGUCGCGGGAUUUGGCAAAUGAGAUAGAGAAGCUUCUGGGCUCAAGUAACACUUACAUUCGCAAAAAGGCUGCCUUAUGUGCUCUUCGCGUCAUCAAGAAGGUUCCUGAACUCACCGAUCACUUCAUCUCGAAAGCCAAAAAUCUCCUCACUGAUCGAAACCACGGCGUGCUAUUAACAGCAAUAACCCUUACCACCGAGAUGUGUCAAAUUGACGAGAAUUGUCUGAAUGAAUUCCGGAAUGCUGUACCGCUACUGGUGCGGAACUUGAAGGCCCUGCACGACGUCUCUGGUAUCACAGAUCCAUUCUUGCAAGUCAAAGUCCUGCGAUUGCUUCCCCGUGCUAGCGAGACCAUGAACGAUAUCCUGGCGCAGGUUGCAACCAACACUGAUUCGACCAAGAACGUUGGGAAUUCAAUAUUAUAUGAAACUGUCCUGACGGUCCUUGAGAUCGAAGCAGAUUCUGGUCUGCGCGUCAUGGCUAUUAACAUCCUAGGUAAAUUCUUGGGUAACAAGGACAAUAAUAUUCGCUAUGUUGCCUUGAACACAUUGAACAAGGUGGUGGGAAUGGACACAAACGCAGUUCAACGGCACAGGAAUAUCAUUCUAGAUUGUCUGCGGGACGGCGAUAUAUCCAUCCGACGGCGUGCUCUCGAAUUGUCCUACGCGCUGAUUAACGAGCAGAACGUGCGGAUACUCAUUCGCGAGCUGCUUGCUUUCCUUGAGGUAGCGGACGACGAGUUCAAGCUCGGCAUGACAACGCAGAUAUCGCUCGCUGCUGAGCGAUUUGCUCCAAACAAACGGUGGCAUAUCGACACAGCGCUUAGGGUGCUCAAAUUGGCUGGAAACUUUGUUCGCGAGGAGAUCUUGUCUGCUUUUAUACGUCUUGUUGCUCAUACCCCAGAGCUGCAAGCAUACACUGCGUCCAAGUUGUAUACUGCGCUCCAGGAUGACAUCUCACAAGAGUCACUAACACUGGCUGCUCUGUGGAUCGUCGGUGAAUAUGGCGAUCUACUCUUCGAAGGUGGCGUCGUGGAUGAUGAACAGCCCAAGCACAUUACCGACAAGGAUCUCUUUGAUCUACUCCUCACCACCCUCGACUCGCCCUACGCCAAUUCCCUUACCCGUCAAUUCCUUAUGGCAAGUAUUACCAAGUUGGCCUCCAGACAGACAACAAGCUCGCCACAACAACAGCGAAUUGCCGAAGUUCUUGCCAAGUACACCACCAGCCCAGAGUUGGAACUACAACAACGCGCUGUUGAAUUCGCAAGUUUGUUCACCUUGGGCGAUUUAAGCAGCGGCGUCCUAGAACGGAUGCCACCUCCAGAGCUCAAAGCUACUGUGAUGGGCAUCGUCAGCGAAAAUAAGCCCGUUGGGUCUACGCAAAGCGGGAAGGACGUGGCACCGCCGACGCCUGUUGUAAAUGGUCAGGCCACGCCCAACAACCAGGACCUCCUCGCAGAGAUCUUCGGCAGUAGUCCCGCCGCUCCAUCCCCGACACCUGGUCGCACGCCCUCCAUUUCACCGCAACCCCAGAAGAGCAGCGUCCAAGAUAUUCUUGGUCUGUUUGACUCCUCCCCUUCCCCAGCCUCGCCUGCGCCUGCUCCUUCCCCUGCCCCAUCUGCUUUCGCCGCCUUCUCUCCACAACCACAAAGCCAGGCUCCUCCCCGACCUUCUCCGCAACAACAGCAACCACCUGCGCCACGGCUAACUUCUUAUACCGCCUACGAUAAGCAUGAGCUCAAGAUCACCCUUACACCUCAGACCUUCAGCUGCGCGACCAGGUUUUCCGGCUCGAACACGGUCACUGGACUCAACUUUCAGGCUGCAGUUCCAAAGUCACAACAACUGCAGAUGCUUCCCAUGUCAAAUCCGGAUGUCCAGCCAGGUGCCACAGAAACCCAACAGAUGCGCGUGAUUGCGCCGCCUGGUUCAAAUGUACGGCUACGGUUACGUGUAUCAUAUACCCUUGCUGGUCAAGCAGUCCAGGACCAGAUAGAUUUCUCAGGGUUUCCGCCAGGGUUAACAGGUAGCGGUUAGCUCUUGUGAUCAGGAUGUACGGUAUUCACUAUCUAAGUUGUCGUACCUACUACAUAACGAAAGUAUUUGGAACACACUUGAUCAACUGCAACACAUAGACAAAAUAAAUAUGACACCGGCUAUCAUUGACCUUUAUCACCGCAAGAACAAGAGGCGACACCUUGGAUACAAACGAAUUCAGCUCAGUCUUAAUCGCGCCGGAAACAUGGGUUGCUCACUACGCCGAACGUCCUGAGACCACGCCAACUGUUGAAUCGCCAAGGGAUCUU